AUGGUCACUGAGAUACGUUGUGUCAUUAAAAAAAUAUGUAUAGAGGAUCGGUGGGGAGGCGGCGGCGGCAGUCGGUGGGGCCCGGCCCCGCGCGGGGGCGGCGGCGGCGGCGGCGGCGGCGGCGGGCGCUGGGGGCGCGACCGCGGCGGGCCCGGCGCGGGGGGGCCGCCCGGCCGGUUCGACCGCUGGGGGCCGCCGCUGCCCGGCAGGGGCGGGAACGACUUCGGUCGCGAUCGUGACGGAUUCCGCGGCGGGCGCGGCGGCGGACCCGGCGGCGGACCGCGCGGCGACCGCGGGCCCGGCGGCCGCGGCCCGCCGCCCGGCGCGCUCGGCGGCGGCGGCGGCGGCGGCGCGCCCGGGGACAGGUUCGGCCGCGACCGGCCCGCGCGGGGCCCGCACCACCAGGACAAGCGCCCGCCGCCCGCGCCCUCGCAAGGUGAGGCGGAGGUGCGGGCUCGUGGCAGCGCGGCGGAGGACCGGGCCCGGGCGCGGGCGGGCCGGGCGCCGGCGGAGGCCCGCAGUCCGCCAACCGCGGCGCCCUGCAGCCGCGCGCCGCGCAGCCGCCCGCCAGGAACGCGCCCCCCAACAAGGAUUCUCAAAAUCAAAACCAGAACCAGAACCAACAAAAUCAACAGGGAUGGAACCAAUGGGCCGGCGGAUGGGGCGGCUGGGGUAAUUGGAAUCAAAACCAAGGCUGGGGUAAUUGGGGCAAUUGGGGUAACUGGGGCAAUCAGAACGCAGGGAACGCGAACUCCGGACAGGGCGGGCAGGGCGGUAACAAUAAGGGACAAGGGCAGCAAGGUCAGCAACAGAACCAGCAGCAGUGGCCCGCUAACUACACCGCGCAGCAGUGGUACCAGUGGCAACAGUGGCAACAGCAGCAGCAAGGCUGGCAAGGGUACCAACAACAGCAACAACAGGGUGCACAACAAGGGAACGCUGCGGAUGCACAGGCUUGGGCCCAAUAUUAUCAGAACUACGGCGGCGCGAAUGCCGCGGCAGGUAACACGCAAGGCGGUGGUGGGAAUGACAAGAAGUAACACAGACACCGGACCGCCCGACGACGAUGUGACGAAUGAACGUUACACGAGUAAUCGUGCAAAUGCUGUUAGGAUGAACAUUAUAGUUAUAAGUCAUAAGAAACAUCUAACAGUUUGUGAAGGGAACCCGGUAACACAGUCUUGUCCAAAAUUACCAAGUAGAUAAACGAAAAUAUGGAUACCAUAAUUUGAUAUUUCUGAUAGCAACUGAUUUAUAAAUAUAAAUAUGCACUUCUAGGCAGAUCUGAAUAUUUUAGAAACUAGAACACUUUAAAUUAUGUGUUGGUAAUCUAGUUAUGGUAUCCUUUUUUUUUUGUAAAUUAUCAUCAGAAACGUCGACGUUUAGAUAAAAAGUAAUUGCAUGUAUUUGCCAAAGUUACUUGUCAAAAGUCUUACAUAUUCUAUUUAAAAAGUUAUAAGGCGUAAGAUUUUUCACUAUUGAAUCAUUAUUAAAUUUAUUAUACUUCUAUUCGACCAAUUAUCAAAAAUCAAUUGUUAGUGAUUAUCGUUUUAAUAGGUUUUUUUUUUAUUCAGCACUGUUUUCAUUAUAAGGUAUUAUGUAAUGUAAUAAUUUGGUUUUUCACAGCAAAUAAUACACA